UGGGCGUGACUUCAAGCUCGUCUCCAAACCAAACUCAAAUGUGUUUUCAGAGGACUCUCUGACAUCCCACGAGUGCCACAUUACCUGAACCAUCCUAUAAGCAGUCACCACCAUGCCUGAGACUGCAGAGUCCCACUCUGUGACCCUGACCACCAACCGUAACUGCACCAUGGAGAUCACUAAUGUCAGUGCUGUUUACUGUCUCGUCAACCCAAAGAUUCACAUGGAAAGCGGCUUCGCAUUCAGCCCCCCGCAGCCCACUGUGCGCUCUACAAAGACCGAGGUGUGCUCUUUCACCAAGGACGACAACACAGCAUCCGGGGCUGUGGGCGUCCUGACCUACGAGUUGUUUAACAUGCGUGAGCACCGCUGUAGCGAGCUGAUGGCUAUCAUGUUCUCUGUGCCAUUCGACUACAACUUCUACAAGAACUGGCUUGGCGUGGGCAUCUUUGAGCACACACGUGCCUGUGAUAGCAACCUGUUCGACACAAUGUACAAAGGCAAGGAUUUCACCAACUUUGUGCGCCAAGAGGCCAACGGUUCCGGGAUGGCCUUCCAGGGUAGGGAUGUGGACGUAAGGGCCUGCAUGUCUGAUGGGGGCAAGGCGAUCAUCAAACUGGAGCUGUAUGACAAGAUGGGCAGAUAAGCUGUUUGUAAUGCUGUCAAAUUGAACAGCUCAAAUCAAAUAAAAGCAUUACAGUUGAUUGAUGAUUCCUGUCUUUUUGCUUGCUUUAAAUAAAUUUGAAAAAAAAACCAA